AUGAACGGGUUUAGAGCGAACACGAAUAGGCAUAAAUGGAAGUAUUUUAAUAAGGGCAACGGCAACAGGAAUGGCGACAAGGGUAAAUUUGGCCGGAAGGGCGAGACAUACAAAAAAAAUGAAGAAAAAAAUGUAGAAGAAAUAAUGGACUACUUGAUUAAUAUUUCGUACAUUUUAAAUGAAAAGUAUGAAAAAUAUUUUGUUCACGAGUUGAAAGAAGAUAAUUUAAAAAAAGGAAAUAAAUGCUUUGGAGCCAUCAAUUUGAACUACUCGUACAAUGUUGAAGACGACAUAUGCAUUUUGAUAAAAAUAAAAGAUGAAAUAAAGGGGAGCGAGAAAGAGUUAGCAGAUCAGAGGAAAUGUUCGAAGAUAAUGGAAAAACUGAUAUACUAUUGUUUUUUUCUGCUAAAGUAUAAUGAGAAGGAUGAGCAGGAUGUGCAAGGUGCGAAGGAUGGGGGAAAUGGCAUAAUGAGCAUGCAGUGCAUAGAAAUUUACAACCAUUUCUUGAAUAUCAUUUGUAGGGACUACAUCAAGUUAGCACUGUCCAGUUAUGCUUCUCAUUUUGUGCAGACUGUUAUUUGCGUAUAUUCCUUUUUUAAAAAAAUGGAGGACAAGUAUGUUGAGGAGUUGAAAAAAAGGAACAAGGGCUACCAGCCAGUGGGCAUUUACUUUAAAGAAAUUUGUACCGUCACCACGGAGAAGAUAUUCACCCUGAUGUUGAAUAAAUCGGGAACGCAUGUGCUGAGGUCAUUUUUAUACUCCCUUGGUGGAUACCUAAACAUUAACAUUUCCAAUAUAUCUUUUAGAAAGUCGAAAGUUAGGGGAACGAGCACGAGGAGUGAAUUGAAGUACGUGGACAAAGGGCAAAGCAAGGGUGGAAAAAACGGGGGGGGAGAUGACCUGUUUUACGAGUACAUUGAUAUAAUUGUUCAGAAGGUGACGGAGGAAAUUGGCAAACCGAAGGUGUCCCUGCCGAUGAAGAAUUUGCUCUACCAGUAUGUUUUUUAUGACCAUGGGGAGGGUAUAAAUGGUGCAAAUGGUGUAAAGCAGAGUGCCCCCCGUAAUGGCGAGAACCAUGUAGACCGCACAAAGAAACAUAUCGGAGAUGACAAAUACAUUAUGGAAAGCCAAAGCCAACAUUUUAUCCCCCCCCUGUUGUACCACACUUAUGCAGUUCCAGCACUGGGGACCCUUUUCGAACUUCUGAAAGAGAAAAAUGUGGAAUGCGAUAAAUUAGUGAGAGAAAUAUUUCUAAUAGAGAAAACGAAAAAAUAUUUUAUUAACAAGACAAGAGAAAAUAACAAGUGCCACGACGAGAGUCCCCUAAAGCAAAUGCUUAAUAUUUUGAUUAAGAUGGAUGGGCCAAGUAUAAUGAUAGAGAAGUUACUUAAAAUGAAUACUGAACCCAUCUUCUACGUUUUCAAUGUCUACAUUUUAAAAAACAUAAAUAGCCUCGUGUGCGACAAUGCAUACUCCAGUUUGGUGAUCUUCAACUACCUCACAUUGGAGCACAUCACCGAAGAGAUGUUCGACUUGCUCAUGAAGAAUGUGGACAUCGACUUGAUUAUUCGAAGGAAGAAAUUCAACAUCUUGAGGCGUCUGUUUGACUUAUCACAGUGUUAUCAGAGGAAUUGCAAGUUGUUACUCAGCGCGUUACUUCGGUGGUUACGCGUGGGGGGCGCUGUGAACGCGGGUUCUGGUAAAACUGAUCAGGCAGGGAAUGGCCCGGCUAACAACACAGUUACCGAGGAUUCUCCCGUUGGCGCCACAUCGGACGGGAAAUUCCUAUGGAUAUGCAUCCUGUGCAUGAGGAGCUACCAGGACCUGCAUCCCGUCAUCCAAAAAGUGUUCAUUGAGCAGAAGAAGAAGGAGCCAUGCGAAGAGGACGGAAAACGUGACAGCGUUAAUUUGAACAACUACAAUUUUUACGAUUACAUAAAAGUGGAUACAAACGGGUACUACAUCUUGACACACAUUUUGUCCUUUCCGAAAGAAUCAAUCACACCGGUGACUAAUUCGUUCAGGCAGUUUUGUAAUUUUUUAAAAAUUGUAAAUGGGAAUGUAGCUAGUCAGGAGGAUAUCGACAAGUACAACAAUUUUUUUGAAACAUUUGGAGGAACCCAUGGGGGGAGUGAAAAUGGAGAUAAGGGAAAUGAUGCAGAUUUUGGUGAUAGGCCUAUGGGGGGAGGGAAACAGAUGGAGCCUGAACAUACAAGGACAGGUAAUAACCACCCCCCCCACAAGGGAGAUGGAAGAAGAGUCAAACCGUUCAUACGGAAAAACGCAGAUUUACGAGGAAAUAUCCUUCUGUACUUUGCAUGCGAUAAAAGUUUGUCCGUCCUGUGCGAAAAAAUUGCACACACAUUUAACUUGAUAAACGAAAAAUAUUUGCGAAAUUUUAUUCUGUUGUUUAAGAGUGAGUAUAAGAGGAUAGCUAGCCAUUAUGUAGGAGCCCACACCAUCGUAACCUUUUUCAAACUGGGCACCGACGAGGUGAAGAAGAAAAUAUUGGACUCCCUAGUAGAGGGGGACAUCAACGUGUUUAAUGGGUAUAUAAAGAACUUCAUGAAACUGAAGGAGUAUAAGAAGACCAAGACAAUAAGUACGAAUAGUAAGAAGUACCUGAAGGCGAAGGAGAUGUUCCAGGAUAUAUUAGCCACGGAGAAGGAGAAGGGUGGAGAAGCAGCAGAGGAUCGUGACAUACAAGUGGAAGACGAGGGUAAUGACAACAACGGCGUGGACCAAUCCCAUGAGGAGGACAAUGGAGACCCCUCGGAUGAGGCUCCCCACCUAAACUCUGCGGAUAGUGAAAAAGAAAAAACUGAUGUCGAGGGACCACCUGCUAGCACGGAGAAGCCCGGUGGAGAGGAAGAUUACAUGAAUUUGAUAACAGACUUUAUAAAGAACUCCAAAAAGAAGAGCAGAAAAAGGAAGAAGGAAAAGGAAAAGAUAGAGCAAGUACUUGGAAAAAAGGCCAAGUGA